AUGGAGGAUCAGAAUAAAAGGGCUGAAGCUUGGACCCAUGAAGAAACGGUCCUUUUAAUUGAACUUUGGGGAGAUGAAAGAGUCCAAAAUGAAUUAGAAAACACACCAAGACGUAAUCUGGAAGUUUUCCGGAGAAUUUGCACGGAUAUGAAGGAUAGCAUUUUAGACUUUAGUCGAUCACCACAAGACUACACAGAACUUGAAGACGAAGAUGACAGUCACACGAGUGACGUGUCCAGGCAACCGGAGAGUCAACUCCCUGGACCACCAAGACCUGAAACUCCAGCACCCUCUAGACCAGGGUCUUCUGGAAUGCAAGCAAGCAGAGGAACAAGAAUGAAAACAACAAAACGAAAAAAACAAGAUCCAGCUGAAAUAAUGCAGCAAUUUUUGGAAAUAGAGAAAACAUCAGAAAAACAGUUUUGGGAGUUUGAAGAAAAACGCCUGAAAUUAGACACAGAGCAGGAAGAAAAAAGAAGAAGGGAAGAGGCAGACAGAGAGGAUAGACAAAGGAAUGCUGACCGACAAUUCAUGGCAAACCUUAUGCAAAUGCAGAUGAAUUUAAUGAGAAUGCAACAAGCUCCGCCUCUGGCUAAUAACUUAAGCCACCAUUAUCAACCACACUACACUGAAAAGGAACAAGCUCCAUCACCGCCUAUAAACUUGAGUCAUCAGUAUCAACCGCACUACACUGAAAAGGAACAAGUUCCACCGCCGACUAUUAAUUUGAGUCAUCAGUAUCAACCGCACUACACUGAAAAGGAACAAGCUCCUCCACCACCUCCACAAAUUAAUGCCAUUCCUUUGAAUCAACAGCAUUACACUGAAAUGCAGCCAAUGCAAGCAUCAAACAUGGGCAAUUAUCAGACAUCUGAUGUUUUAAAGAAUGUGAGAAAUCAAAUGGAAUUCUGAUGUUCAUAGGAAGGCAAUUAUCUAACUCGUUUAAAAAGAAAAG